AUGAACGGGCAAGACGCUGACUCUCGCCCUUCGAAGCGUGUCAAGCUUGAUUCAAGUGAUGCCGACGUGACGAUCGUGAGCACCUCAACGAUGGCUUACCAAGGCCAUGAAAGCCACAUUCAGCAAGGAUCGCUUGUGUCGGAUGAUACAGCCAAAGAGAGACAGGUGGGUAUCGCUGCUUUUGUGGAUGGAUCCCGCUCUGUCUUCCGAGGGAUUCUCAAGAAGCGGUACACGGAUUUCUUGGUUAACGAAAUCUUGCCAAACGGAAUCGUGGUGCAUUUGAGCUCGAUAAAGGUACAACAUCGGGCCGUGCUGCCUACGUCUGGGAGGACUGCCUCAGCUGCAAACGGAGGGUUGGCGCAGGCAGAUCAGGAGAUUGCACGAGGGCAGCCCACUGGCGAAGGGGCGACGGGGCAAAAGGUACCGGACACUGAGAAGGCACUGGAACCAGAUGCUGCGAAGCGGCCAGAUACGAAUGGAGAAUCUGCACAGGUGAAUCUGGCCCUAUCUUCGAACCACAGAAAGCUAACGAGAAACCAGCUCUCCGAGGCCGACCGCGCAAUACUCCUGGGGUACUUCGGCGACGAAACAGUCGACCAGAUGUCCUCUCUCUACCAAUCAAUCCUAGGCCAUCCAGACUGGAAAUCGAGAGACCAUCCCAUGGUCCGCACAGAGUUUACCUCCGACCGAAACGUCCGGUCCCAGAUACAUCAAGAUAUCCGCCGUAUCUUCGACGGCAAGAUCGACUCUUCCACAGACAAAGAUGGUAUCCUCGUGCUCACCGCAUCACAUGCAGCGUUAGCCAACAACCGUGACCGCAACCGUGGUUGGAACAGCAAACCGAACAGUGAUCGAUCCUCACGCCCCAACAAACUCAGCUGGCAGGACCGCGGUGGCGAAUAUCUCCACUUUUCUCUCUACAAGGAGAACAAGGAUACCCUGGAGGUCAUCUCGUAUCUGACGAAGCAGUUGAAGACGAACACCAAGACAUUCCAGUUCGCUGGCACAAAGGACCGACGCGCUGUGACCGUGCAGCGGGUUAGCGCGUAUCGUGUAGAGGCGGAGCGGCUAGCGGGGUUGAAUCGGUCGUUGAAAUAUGCGGCGGUUGGAGAUUAUGAGUAUCACAAACAGGGCCUUGAACUCGGCGACCUUAGUGGGAACGAAUUCGUCAUCACCUUGAGGGAAUGCGAGCUCGAAGGAUCGUCUUCUGACGGUAUCGCUGUUGAGUGGAAAGCUGAACUCCAUUCUUAUUUGCAGACAUCCCUUCAACGACUACGCGAGAAAGGAUUCCUCAACUUCUACGGCCUACAGAGAUUCGGUACCUUCGCAACCCGUACGGACAUUGUCGGCCUUCAUAUCCUCAAAGGAGACUUCAAGAGCGCGUGCGACGCGAUCCUCGAAUUUUCACCACUGGCUCUCAACGAAGAUACUUCGGAGAGUCAUCUUCUUGUUGGCCACGAUGAUAGAUCCCGCGCCGAAGGUAUCAAUAUCUGGCGUGACACGGGUAGGAUCAACGAAGCGCUCGACAAGAUCCCCCGCAAGUUCUCCGCCGAGUCGAACAUCAUACGACACCUCGGUAAGCAUCGACAGGACUACCUCGGCGCGCUACUGGGUAUCCAGCGGAACCUCAGGCUUAUGUACGUCCACGCUUAUCAGUCCUUGGUAUGGAAUCUUGCGGUCGGCGAGCGCUGGCGCCUGUAUGGAGAAAAGGUCGUGGAAGGAGACCUUGUCCUUGUCCACGAGCAUAAGGACAAACACAUGGAUCUCGAGACGGCCGCUCGGGAGACCGUCGACGCGGACGGCGAAAUCGUUAUACAACCGUCCCACGACGACAGGGCGUUCGACAAGGACGACAUGUUCGAACGAGCCCGCGCAUUGACCGCGGAAGAGGCAAACAAUGGAAAAUACUCAAUCUUCGAUAUUGUCCUUCCCCUCCCGGGAUUCGAUGUGCUUUACCCGGCCAACGCGUGCGGGGAAUGGUAUAAGACCUUCAUGGCGAGCGAGGCCGGCGGUGGCCUCGAUCCAUACAACAUGCGACGCAAGCAGAAAGAUUUCAGUCUCAGUGGCGGGUACCGGAAGAUGCUGGCACGCAUCGGUGAGGCCUGGGAGGCCAAUGUGCAGGAGUAUGGUGGCGAGGAAGGAGAGAAACAGUUUGUGGAGACGGAUUUGGAGCGGAUCAAGAAGGGUGAGCAAAAGACCAACAUGGGGGCGGAGCAGACUAGAGUGGCAGACGACGCUGCCGUUGCCGCAGAGACGCCAAACCCGCCGCAGCAGGCAUUGACGGAGCAGUCUACGGAAGCACAACAGGCCAAAAAGCUCGCCGCGGUCCUCAAGUUCCAACUUGGCUCCAGCCAAUAUGCCACCAUGGCGCUGAGAGAGCUGUCGAAGGGCGGAAUUCAGGCUUACAAGGCGGAGUUUAUUGGCGGGCGGUAG